AUGUGGAUGAAAUUCGACUGUCAGACUAUUGGUGAUUAUCACGACUUGUAUCUCAAGACCGACGUGUAUCUCUUGGCUGACAUCUUUGAGAAUUUCAGAGUAGAAGCUUUCAGAACGUAUCAGCUGGAUCCAGCAAAUUACUACACUCUUCCUGGAUUUGCCUGGGAUGCUCUGUUAAUGUACUCAGGUGUGUCCUUGGAAUUACUAACAGACUAUGAUCAGCACUUGUUUGUAGAAUCAGGAAUGAGAGGCGGUGUGUCAAUUGUCUCACAACGAUAUGCUGCUGAUAAUAAUCACUAUCAGGAGAAAUUUGAUGUUGAUCAGCCAUCGACAUUUAUACAGUAUCUCGAUGUCAACAAUCUCUAUGGUUGGGCAAUGUCACAGCAUCUCCCAGUGUCUGAUUUUCGGUGGGAGAAACCAUCAGAGAAACUCCUGAACAAGAUACUGAAUACUCAAGAUGAUUCCGGUCAAGUUGUCGGUCUAAGUGCUGGUUUUACAAGACAACCCUCACUACCAUUCCGUGUGACAUUUGGUGAUGGACAACCUACAGCCGAUGUUACCAGUUACUUACCUGAAUGUGUUGUGGGCAGCUCCGGAGGAUCAGGACCAUUCAUUCGACUAGAGAAGACUGAUGGUAGUCUAGUGUUGGCUGAGAUAGGUGCCUUCUCAGGAUUUACUGGUGUACCAGUAAACAUCACAGCACAUCCUAUACUGGACACAUCAUACACUGGACUGUACCAUUGUACAAGAGGUACAUCCAACUCUACACAGACAUAUCAACUCAACAUUGUAGCUCAACAAGUUCGGUCUGGAUCAUCACCUACAUCGCUGACAUUGCCCUACUCUGGUGUUUCGUACACCAUACCAUGCAUGUCAAGUGGAAACUUUCCUCUCAACGCAUCUUGGAACUCAACAUUUACUCUGGACUCACAGAUGAUACAGACGGUGACAAAAACGAAUAUGGUGAAUUCUAUGUUCAGCUUCUGGCGGAAUGAUGCCCAGAUUGUGUUUACAGAAAGUGAUACAUCAGGUGUUACCUUCAAUGUCAUCUGUACCACAUCGUAUACAACAAACUUUGAUUGUAUUGGAAUGGGUUCAAAUCCUCCACGUCAACAAAAUGUCAUUGACAGAUGUGUGAAUGCCGCCCAGGCAAUAUCUACCACUGUCUCUGUAACUGUUCAAGCGCAAUGCCCUACUCUCACUGACACCAAGUUCAAUUACAAACCUAUUUCCUGUUUCAACACACUACCAGGUAACACAGUAUCCAUCGAGUGCAGAACAGGUUUUCUGUCUAACAAUAGUAUGGAAAUAACCCAGUCUAUAUGCCAGGGCAAUGGAAGGUGGCAACCAAGGCAACCAGUGUGUGAAAGUUGCAUAUUGGAAUGCAAUGACACUAAUGUGGUGAAUUGUAAUCAAGUACCGGCAGUGGGAAUGGCAAUGGCAACUGUCAACUGUGUUUGUGGACAAAACUUUCAAUGGACCAUCGGCCAAUGUCAACUUAUUCCUACAGAUCCAGCCACUACUACGAUCAAUUCAACACCACAAUCAACAACAGGAUCAACACCUGGAUCAACAACUGGAUCAACACCUGAAUCCUCCACGACAACUAGCGGUAUGUACAAUCUCAAAUGA